AGGCCGAGGCGGCGUCGAAAUGGCAGCUAUUGUACGGAGUGUUGUGUAGAAGUACAGUACAUUGGUGUGCAGGGAUCACCACGUCAUUGGCAGCUUAUCGAUAAGGCGCCCCAGCUACACCCGUUUUCGCCCCGACUCUAUGCCUUCGUUGACCAUUAGAAAUUUCCGUACCUUCGAUUCUCCCACCGUUGAAGGCGUCUUUGGAUCCUAGUUUUGCUCUAUGGUUGAGCUUCUGUGCAGAUGACCGCCAGUUUGAUGCGGAGGCAACUGACAACUUGCGCUCGCGCCCGACUUUCGCCGUCGUAUCCGUCUACUCUCUUCACACGGACUCCAUUGUUAGACCUAAAGCAGUGCCAAAGAGCUAUCCUGAUCUUCAGACCGCGUGGGCCGGCCAUACCAAAGGCAUCCUUUACUAGUACGACAGUACGUUCCACUCAGGAUGGCCAAUCGGACCAUCGACCCAACGAUGAGCGGACGCUUCAAUUAGGAAACACCGUCCGCAUCCUCCAUGAACGUCUUCCGACCCUUCUUGCAUCUCCUCUACCUCAGAACAUCCUCUCGCCGCACAUCACACUGCACCUUUUCCCCUCAACACAUCCACAUCUUCCAUCCGUAAGCGGAAAGUUGGCAUAUACAGCGGCGCUAUGGACUGCCCCUGUGGCGUGGGGUCGAGUCCCUGUCCUGGGCAACGUGAAGCUUGACGUUCUCUCGGAACGCAUGGUCAAGAAUGGUGCCAAGUCUAUGGCAGCAGGUGGAAGUGCAGGAGACGAGAAAUUGAUCGUCAGGUGGAAGACGUGUGGAAAGACAGAACAUGGAGACAUUAGCGAGGCCAUGGAAAAGAUUCGCAAGAUCAUUUCUCGCCGGGACGACUCGGAUGACGAGUUUGCUGGCUUGUUCAUCUUCGAAUUCGACGAGCAUGGACGGAUUCUGAGCCACACCAUUGAGCACGCCGAAGAGGGCGGAAGCUGGGACAAGAUGUCCAAGGUCAUCAGUGUCACGGAUUGGCUGCUAGGGAGGAAGUGGGCCAGGAAAGACGAAGGUGUGGCUGGUCUUGCAUUGGCGAAGAGCGGCGAGAAUGUCAAGAUCAAGGGCGCUCAGCGUGAGGGAGGAGAUUGA